AUGGUUCUGUCCCAGUGGCAUAUAACGGCCGACGUGGGUCGGCAUUGUGCUCAGAACGGUUUAGAUGUCCAUCUCCAAUCUCGUCCAUCUCCCAUCCCCAACGGCUCCACCACCACCACCGUUCUGGCAUCCCCUUCCUCUUCGCAUUCGAUCUCUUCACACAUCUCAAGACUCAGGGACACCGACGCCAACUUCCUACCCACCCGUUUUGCGAUAUUUUACAGCCCCCUGCCCAUGUUGGCUGCACGCCUUCCUUACCUGAACUCUUCCCCAAAUCGACAGACCUUUGGCUACCUUGAGCAGUGUAGGGCAUGUCCAAACGGCCGAUUAGCUGAUGUUCACGUCGAGUAUCUUGCAUUAUCAUCUGCACGCCAGGACCUUGCUUACCCUUUACCCAGGCCCUUCCCCAGAACACGUUCGGAUGCCCAAUGA